GUCAAGAUUCUUGCAACAUUAUGCGUCAUUAUGAUUUAAGUUGCCUUCAGCACUUUUAUGAUGAUCUCAUUAGCAAUAAGCUCAUAAGCAUCUUCACUAAUUGAAUUAUCUGGAUCCUACUUCUUCCUUGGAUUUUUUUCGCGGUUAAUUCGACUGUCAUCCUCAGUUCAGACAGGCCUCCGAUUCUGUGGUAAUUUCAGUUAUUUCAAUGAGGGGUUGUAACUUUUCAUUGAUGUAACGAAUUCGAAAUUCAUGCCAGCACCUGUAUUUUGGAAUCUGAAGCUGUCUUAUUCUCGCACUGUUGUUAAUCGCUUUCAUCAUUUAGUUUAGGCACAUCUUAUGUACUUAUUCGGACAUUUCAAUAUAUUUGUCACGAGCUUGUAUAAAUCGAUUGAUUCCUUUGCGCUCGUUUAUUGUUUCUAUGCGGUUCCAGCUAUUUGGUAAUGUCCAAUAGUUAAUAGUCUGGCCACUCGACUGCAGUAAUCCCAGUCAGUUUGGUAGACAUUUGUGGACUUGUAUGUUUUGUAAUUUGUGUGUGUUUGUCACAGGGGUCGUAGAGCUUCUGUAUAUCAACAGCUAUCAUAUUGCCUGGUAGGAGGUUUGUUAGUUGCAAUGUGAAAAUAAUAAAGUGAUAAUUUGAGUCAUAAGAGAAGACUAUUGUUAUAAGAGCAAAUAAGUAAGUCAUUUAAUUUGUGUUUCAGGCGGUGUGAGACGUAAGGGAGAAAAUGAGAGAAAUGAAAAUAAGAGAGAUAGGAAGUAUUACUGAUAUCCAACGGAGCUGGUCCAAGAGAGAGAUUCCAACUCACAGGUCAGUUUGUGUUUGUCAAGUAUCCUCUGGAAGCUAUCCACUUAGGGGGCUGCAUUCACUUCGCUCAGGGGAGCAUUUUAAUCGGAAACAACUCUUAAUGAGUAAAUGUGAAAGCGUACCUGCGUGUUUUCUCAAUUUUCAAUCUUUCUAGGAUUAUUUCGAGGAGGGUAGUGGCAAUGUUCGUGUAGAUUCCGUGUUAACCUAACUUAGCGUAUCUAAUAAAUUGUAUACCAUUACCAAACCACCUUUUAUUCCCUUAAACUUCAGGUUAACAAUACAGUCGCUUCGUCAGUCAAACAGGUAUGGCUGUAAUCUCAGAUAUAAGAAAGCCAAAGACGCAUAAAGGGAAAAGAGUCUUAGAGCGAAGAGCUCCUAAAUUAGUAGAGAAUGACAAAUGCACCCUUGUCAUAAAGGGUGGUCAUACAAGUGACGUUGUUAAUACGUUUCUCAAUGAUUUAUGCGCUUUGAAAAAACCACUUGUUUACCGUUUAAAGUGGAAAAAUAGAGUCCUCCCCUUCGAAGAUUUAUCAUUUAUUGAGAAAAUGUGUAAUAAGUUCGACUGCUCAAUGUUUGUCGUUGGGAUGCAUUCCAAGAAAAGACCGCAUAACAUUAUUUUUGGAAGGCUGCAUGAUGGUGAGCUACUAGAUAUGUUUGAACUUGGCAUAAAAAUGUACAAACCGAUAUCGGAUUGUAAAGACAAAACUCUCAUAUAUGGAGCUAAGCCCAUGUUAUUGUUUUCUGGAGAGUUGUUCAACUUAGACACAAAAUAUAUGACUUUAAAAUCUUUGUUAGUAGAUCUUUUCAAGGGCCCAACAGUUGAGAAGAUAAGAACAUUAGGUGUUGAACACCAGUUCCACUUUGUUUUGUCGUCAGACAAGAAUUUAUGUCUUCGCGUCCGGAAAAUUACCCUGUCAACAAAAGGCAAAACCAACUCAACUGAACUCAAUGUUCCACCUCUAAAGACUCCAGAUGGUAAAGUAGUUCAGAUUACACUUGAAGAUGCUACCCCAAGUGCUGACUUUGAUCUACGACGAGUAUCUUUGCCGUCCGAGGACAAAUGGAAACGAGCUCAUCGUGUACCCCCUGAAGUUAUGAAAGGUGACAAAACGCCUAAAAAUAAAUCUGUCGAUGUUUUCGGUAGCCGAAUAGGACGAGUUCAUGUUGGCAAGUCUUCUGAACUAGAGAAUUUACGACCUGGAUCUACCAUCCGAACUGCUCUGACCGGGCAUCGAAAACGUGGUUUUGAACGAAUAAAAUCGGGUGUUAGCAAAUCUAAAAAAACAUCAGUUCCUAGUGACCUUAGCGUUAGCAAACGGCGUAAACUGUUUACUGAUGCUUAACCAAAUACACACUUUUGCUCUC